AUGUCAAAUCCACCACCAAACGGUUAUUCGCGAAGGGGAAAUUAUGGUGAUACUAACAGGAAUUCAUCAGCACGCUCAGGUGCAUCGAUCCGAUCUCGCAACUCACACAGUGGAAACACACAACGGUAUUCAAGUUCAAAUUCGCACUAUGAUGGAUAUUAUCCUCCUCGGCAAGGAGUGAGAUCAAACGAUGGAGGAAACAGCUAUGAAGCAUAUGCAUACAGGGAUCGUGGGAAAGAAAGGUACGCUGAUGCCCCCACUCAGCCAAGCUCGCAUCAUGGUGACUCUUACAGACCGAGGAGUAACAAAAGAAGAUACGAUGAGUACCAAGGAAGCUCGUAUAGGUCUUAUAAUACGCGAAGGGUAGAUCAUUAUGAUGCUAAUAAUAGAGCUGAAACACGCAACUUCCAGGAAAGCUACUACACCCAACCAGAAACAAAAAUGUCUAAAGCUGAAAUUGAAGACCGCAUCCAACAAUUGGAACUCCAUUUAAAGAAUUUAAACGAUGCACAGCCUUUGAAUCAGAUCAAGGUCAUUGAUUCACGUUGGGGCGUCAAAGCAAAGGGUUUUGAAAAAGUGAGUGCCCCAAGGGCAAAAUUGUCAGGAUUAUUUCCGUUACCGGGCUUCCCCCGUCCCGUUGACUUUACGAAGCUUGAAGGCUUGGUUAAAGACAGACUUCUGAAUAGUAAUGAUAUCUUGAAUGAGACAAGCAGAAUCGACCCCAUUGAUUCAAGAGUAGCCAAGACCUUAAUCAUCAAUGACAUUGGAACUAUUAAUUACAUGAAGAUUGUGGAAUUUUUCAAUGAUUAUUUGAGAAUGAUUGAUUUUGAACAGAGCUCGAGUAAUAAUAUACACAGUAAAAGGAAGUUGAAGGACGACAAGACAUUGAUUAUUGAAUUUAACAAUAGUGAGUGUGCGACAAUUGUAUAUUCACUUAAUGGUACAGAGUUACUAUUCAAUGCCUACAAAGAGGAUCAUAUUGAUCGACGGGAAGUAAGCGACAAGUUUAGACUCCAAAUAUCUAGACCAAACGAGUAUGUUGUUCAAGAUGAAGCGACAACAUCGGAUGAGGUGCAAGAAGCUAUCAAAGACAGUCCAAGAAAAAUAUCGCUUAUUGUUUCAACCAGUGUUUCACCUGAUGACGCAAGCGAACAACUCCUGGCCCUAGCGCCUCUAUAUGGAAUGCAGUAUUUCCGACAAAAAGGCACAAAAGACCCGUUAGGAUUAAUUUUUGUCGAAUUCAAACUGAAUGAUCAAGGAAUACUUGAGAAAUUAAAGCAGCUAUCCUUUGUAACAAAUGCGUUUUACUCAUGCAUUCCACGUUUGGAAACUCCGAUACAAAAGGGGCCCAUUAACUACGACACCUUGCCCAAAUUGGUAAACAACGAACUAGUCCAAGCUAGAGCAAGCUCAAGAGUUGUUCAACUACUAAAUGCAGUUUCACUAAAGGACUUGAAGGAUGAUUCGAAUGUGCGGUUUUUGUACAAUGACAUGAAAAAUGAGGCAUCGCAAUUUGGAACGGUGGUGUCGAUAAAAAUUCCACUACCUGCUAAUGAUUUUACCCCCGGGUUACAGCAAUUGAAUGUUUCUGGAUUAGGAAAGAUAUUUAUUGAGUUUGAUGACGAGAACUCGGCGUUGAAGGCCAUUAUGGAGCUCUCUGGAAGGCUGUACAAUGAUCGCACAGUGCUUGCCACAUACUUUGAUUAUGAAGAUUAUAAAAGGAAUGUUAUAUAG